CGGUGACGUCAGGACGCGUCGCAGAUUCCAGCCCCCAGCCCGGGCCCCCCGACUCCCGCGCAGGUCGGGCAGGGGCGGGGCGUCAAGCCAGCUGAGCUAUCCCGUCAGACCGCGCCAGUUUGAAUGAAAGCUCUUCAAGAUGGCGGCGGCGGGGGUCGAGGCGCGAGGAGCUUGGUGUGUGCCUUGCCUAGUUUCACUUGAUACUCUUCAGGAAUUAUGUAGAAAAGAAAAACUCACAUGUAAAUCGAUUGGAAUCACCAAAAGGAAUCUAAACAAUUAUGAGGUGGAAUACUUGUGUGACUACAAGGUAGUAAAGGAUAUGGAAUAUUAUCUUGUAAAAUGGAAAGGAUGGCCAGAUUCUACAAAUACUUGGGAACCUUUGCAAAAUCUCAAGUGCCCAUUACUACUUCAGCAGUUCUCUAAUGACAAGCAUAAUUAUUUAUCUCAGGUAAUCACAAGUGAAGAAGCAGAAAGACGGGGGCAGUUAUAUGACAACAAGGGAAUCACAUAUCUCUUUGAUCUGGAUUAUGAAUCUGAUGAAUUCACAGUGGAUGCAGCCCGAUAUGGAAAUGUCUCUCAUUUUGUGAAUCACAGUUGUGACCCAAAUCUUCAGGUUUUCAAUGUUUUCAUCGACAACCUUGACACCCGUCUUCCCCGAAUAGCAUUAUUUUCCACAAGAACCAUAUAUGCUGGAGAAGAGCUCACUUUUGAUUAUCAAAUGAAAGGUUCUGGAGAUAUAUCUUCAGAUUCUGUUGACCACAGCCCAGCCAAAAAGAGGGUCAGAACUGUGUGCAAGUGUGGAGCUGUGACUUGCAGAGGUUACCUCAACUGAAUUUUCAGGAAAUAGAGCUGAUGAUUGUAGUUUUGGUUUUUUCUAAUGUUGACAUUUCAAAAAAGUAUUUGGGACUCUUUUCAUAUUAUCAAGACUAUAUGCUUUGUUAAUUUACAGUUCAUGUUUCAAACUAUUGGCCAAAUGUAUUACUGAUGCUUCUGAAGAGAAGAACACAGGGUCAUAGACUAAUUUGAAAUACACAUAUUUAGUAAUGAGAUACCAAACAUGAAAACUAUUUACAGAUGAGCAUAUACAUACAUACGAAGUCUGUGGGAAUAAAGAAAUGCCUCCUUUGGUGUUUAAGCAUUGAACUGAUAGUGAACAGUCACUCAGAUCAAAUAUUCAACCUGCGUACACUUUGAAUUUAGACAAAGGUAAUCCAGUUUGGGCAAAUAUAUACAAGUGUUAUUUCUGUUCUGUUGUCAUUCCCAUUAUUACUUACCGUACUUGUAUUUGAGACAAACAGAUGAUACUGAAUUAUACUAUUUUCCUACUUUCAUGAAAAUAUUGGGUCUUACUGAUACAGAAAUUUAAGGUUAAAAUUAAAUAUAAAAGAAUUUAAUUACAGCUCAGUUUCAUAUUUUGAAGCUGUUAUAUGAAGCAUGUAUGUCUGAACCAAUAAUUCUUCAAGACUUUUAUUCCCUUAAAAGAACAAUUUCCAAAAAGCUCUCAAAUUGUAGCAUGGCUGACCAUUAUGCUGCUUUGAAAGGAUGGGGCAGUGGGACCAUGGGAUGGUUUUUUGGAGUGCCAGGUAGAGGAAAGGGAGCACUUAAAGGGCCCUUCUUAGUGACAUGAAUUAAGAGAUCCAUGUAGAGUACCUCUGGUCUAAACAUAAAGAGUAAAACGAGCUACCCCUGCGUGUAGCUGCCCCUAACAAUAAUGUUUCAUACAAUACAUUCAUGUUACAUCUUCUGAAUUUCAGGCAGUUUUAACAUUUCCACCAAAUUUAAUUAUUUUUAUAUUUCGUACAGGCCCUUCUUAAAAUAAUCUAUAUUUUGAACUGAUACUUAUUUUUUAUACAUGAAUUUUUUAAAUGUGAUAAAGCUAAACUUGGCUUGGCCAAAGUAUGUACCUAAAUAAUGAGAGCUUUUUUUACUUGAACCAUGAAGACUAAAAUGGAAUAUAUUCCUUGUUUGGUUUUUGUUUUUAUUUUCCUGCAUAGUAAAACCUCAGUCGGGAAAAAA